GCCGCAAUCGUCUUCCCCGUCCCCUGAUCUCAGAUCCAAACCAAACGAACUCCACGCUAAACCCCCUCCGCCCCACGCCAAGCGCGCAUGAAACCCUAGUACCCAUCCAGAUCUCCGCGUCCCGGGUCGCCGCGCCGCGCCGCCAUGGCGACCACCGCGCUGGACUUCCUCCCGGCGCCGCUCCGGUCGCUGCGGCUCAAGACGAAGCAGCAGGAGCUCCUGCUCCGCGUCUCUGCGCUGGCACUCAUCUACGUGCUCGCCUUCGCCGUCCGCCUCUUCUCCGUCCUCCGCUACGAGUCCAUGAUCCACGAGUUCGAUCCCUACUUCAACUACCGCACCACGCUCUUCCUCUCCGAGAAUGGCUUCAGCGAGUUCUGGAACUGGUUCGACUCCGAGAGCUGGUACCCACUCGGACGCGUCGUGGGCGGAACACUCUUCCCGGGCCUCAUGGUCACCGCGGCGCUGCUCCACCGCCUCCUCCGCGCGCUCUCCCUCGCCGUCCACAUCCGCGAGGUCUGCGUCCUCACCGCGCCCUUCUUCGCCGCCAACACCACGCUCGUCGCCUACGCCUUCGGCCGCGAGAUCUGGGACUCCGGGGCGGGGCUCGUCGCCGCCGCGCUCAUCGCCAUCGUCCCGGGUUACAUCUCCCGCUCCGUCGCCGGUUCCUACGACAAUGAAGGCGUCGCCAUCUUCGCGCUGCUGCUCACAUUCUACCUCUUCGUGCGCGCCGUUAACACGGGAUCGCUUGCCUGGGCGCUUGCCUCGGCGUUCGGGUACUUCUACAUGGUGUCGGCAUGGGGAGGCUACGUGUUCAUUAUCAAUCUCAUCCCGCUUUAUGUGCUCGUGCUGCUUGUCACUGGGAGGUACUCGCAGAGACUCUAUGUGGCCUACAAUUGCAUGUAUGUGCUUGGGAUGCUGCUUGCGAUGCAGAUCCGCUUUGUCGGUUUCCAGCAUGUGCAGUCUGGGGAGCACAUGGCCGCUAUGGGAGUUUUCUUCCUGUUACAGGUUUUCUUCUUCUUGGAUUGGGUGAAAUACUUGCUGAAUGAUGCCAGACUAUUCAAGUCAUUCCUUCGAAUUACUCUUACAUGUGUGAUUACUGUUGGAGCCUUGGCUCUUGGAAUUGGUACUGCAUCUGGUUACAUCUCCCCUUGGACGGGGCGGUUUUACUCCCUUCUUGAUCCUACCUAUGCAAAGGACCAUAUACCAAUAAUUGCGUCUGUCUCUGAGCAUCAGCCAACAGCAUGGUCAUCAUUCAUGUUUGAUUUCCACAUCCUCCUUUUCCUGUUCCCAGCUGGCCUCUAUUUCUGUUUCAAGCGACUGUCAGAUGCCACGAUAUUUAUUGUCAUGUAUGGCCUCACGAGUAUGUACUUUGCUGGAGUGAUGGUUCGAUUAAUUCUUGUGGCAGCACCAGCUGUUUGCCUUAUCAGUGCCAUUGCUGCAUCUGCUACAAUUAAAAAUCUGACCACCUUGAUCCGGACAAAGAGCAAAAGUCCCCAGGCUACUUCUGGAAAAACAACUGGCUCAAAGGCAGCUGCAAAGGGAGCGGUUGAUCAAUCUUUGCCAUUCCAACAUAACGCAGCUAUUGCUCUUCUUCUGGGUGCCUUUUACUUGCUCAGUAGGUAUGCCAUACACUGCACUUGGGUGACAUCUGAGGCUUAUUCUUCUCCAUCCAUAGUUUUGGCCGCAAGGGGUCAUAAUGGUGGAAGAGUCAUCUUUGAUGAUUAUCGUGAGGCAUACUAUUGGCUUCGUCAGAACACUCCUCCUGAUGCCAAGAUCAUGUCUUGGUGGGAUUAUGGGUACCAAAUUACAGCCAUGGGUAACAGAACUGUUAUCGUUGACAACAACACAUGGAAUAACACACACAUAGCUACUGUUGGACGUGCAAUGUCUUCUUAUGAAGAUGAAGCAUAUGAGAUUAUGCAGUCACUGGACGUGAAUUAUGUGCUUGUUGUAUUUGGAGGUGUUACUGGCUAUUCUUCAGAUGACAUUAAUAAGUUCUUAUGGAUGGUGCGUAUUGGGGGAGGUGUUUUUCCUGUAAUCAAAGAGCCUGAUUACCUUGUUAACGGGGAAUAUCGUGUUGAUAAGGGUGCAGCACCAAAAAUGUUGAACUGCCUAAUGUACAAGCUUUGUUACUACCGAUUUGGAGAACUUACCACAGAAUAUGGAAAACCUCCAGGAUAUGAUCGUGUACGAGGAGUGGAGAUUGGCAACAAAGAUAUAAAGCUUGAAUACUUGGAAGAGGCGUUUACAACUUCAAACUGGAUAGUGCGCAUAUACAAGGUCAAACCCCCGAAGAACAGGUCCUGAGGUAGCAUUGCUGGUGAAGUGUUUGGAACCUUAGACGAGUACAUUAUUGUCAAAAUCUGAGUGGCUACAGGAGAUGGGGCAGUUCUGAUAUUUGCGACUGAAGCCCCUCAAAACAUGGGCGCUGCUUUGGCGAGACUGACUGUAGUAGCCGUAGUGUCAGUUCUGCUCAAAGUCAAGAACCACCUUUCCCCUCAUUUGGUUUAGUGAUCGGUGUCGUUCAGAAGGACCAAUUGUGACAACAGCGAGUACUUUUUGAUUGUUAAGCUUAAGCAUGUCAUGACCGAACUUCAAAGUUUUUGUAGGCACAAUGGCUUAUUUGAGUAGUAACUUGGAUUGUCUUUGAUUGAUAUUGCAAGGCAAUGAAAAUUUUCUCGGAGCUUACGAGGAUGAAAGACUGUUGGUUCUGUUC